AUGGGGAGGUCAAUCGACUAUCCCGAUGGGGAGGUCAAUCGACUAUCCCAGCAAGUCUACAGUUUGAGCUUGGAGAAAGAUGCAUUGGCAGAGCACUUGGUUCAAUGGGACGAUCAAUUGGCGGCCGAGGUUUUGAGGAGGAAGGUCUUGGAGGCUGAUCUGGCUCGAGUCCUUCAAAAAGGGGUGGUUUUCAUGGUUGACCGUGUUGUUGAGAGCAGUGAGUUCGUACUUGGGAUCCGAUGUGUAAAGGUUGCAUGUGUAGCUGCUGCACGAUCUGUUGAAGCAAUGCAAGCUGCCAUCAAAGCUUUUUCUGGGAUGGAUUUUGCGUCCUAUCUUUGUUUGGGCAAGCUCAGUCGCGCUGACCUUCGUCGGCUAUGUUUCGAGGAGGAGGAAUUUGCCUCAGACGGUGGGCCCGAGGGUGUUACCUUGGCUCUUCCACGCCAUAAUUGA